UCUCUCUCUCUGCUUCCCGAGGAGACGGAUGGACAGACGUGCGGGUGGCUAGAGGCAGACCGUUUCUCUAAUUACACAGCUAAUGGGGGGGGAGAGAAGGAGACAGCCUCUUCUCGCAUCCCCUUCACCAUCCCCUGUUCUCAGCCUCUCUUCCUCCUCCUUUCUGACCACAGCGUUGUCCGAACGGGAGAAGCUGCUGACAGAAAAUUUCACUUUGCCAGGAUACAGUUUUGUGAAUUCACGGCAGCCACCACGGAGAAAACACAAGAACCCCCCUUGGGCCCUCCAUGUCCCUUUGAGGGGGCGUUCUGGACCCAGAGACCCACGAACAUCCCCCACCGGGGGUGUUUCACUUGCAUUUCCAAGCCCCCUGCCAUACAGGCAGCUUCGCCUGUCCUGUCUCCUUCUUCUGCUGUUUACCUUAUGGAGAACAAGGGCUGCAAAGGGGACAGCCUGCGGCCAGCGGUCCAGUGCAAGCACUCAGUGGAGAAGAAGACAAUGACGAACCCCACCACAGUGAUUGAGAUUUACCCAGACACCACAGAAGUGAACGAUUACUAUCUCUGGUCCAUCUUCAACUUCGUAUACCUCAACUUCUGCUGUCUCGGCUUCAUCGCCUUGGCCUAUUCUCUGAAAGUCCGGGAUAAGAAACUUCUCAAUGACCUGAAUGGAGCUGUUGAAGAUGCCAAGACAGCCCGGCUUUUCAAUAUCACCAGCUCAGCACUCGCCACCUUCUGCAUCAUCCUUGUCUUCAUCUUCCUGCGAUACCCGCUCACUGACUAUUAGACCGAGGCCAGCAGCACUUGCAGCCAAAAUGCCUCCAUGCCAGAAGUGUCUGCCGUUAUUUCCUGUAGCAAGGACACAAACAAUGACCCAUCUUGAUUGCAAAAAAUACAAAUAAACCGAUAAAUAACUAAACCCAAGGGAGCAUACCUUCCCUGACCCCAGCUGGUAUGUGAACUUCUGUAGAAAAGGGUUUUACUUUUACAUUUUUACAGGAAAAUAUUUAUUUUUCGUGAUGAAGAAAAGCGUGCAACAAUGAUGAUGGGCAAAGCAGAGAACUUUGAUGCAUUUUGAGCCGACAGACCUAGCUAGGGACAACAACCGCAGCAGCGGAGGAGAACAUGGUGCCCUCCAUAACCCAACACUUCAAGUGAAGUGAUAUGACCAGCUCAAAUGGUGGGCUGCUCAGGGGAUGGAAACCAGUAGAUGGCCUUAUUGAGAGAGGGGACCUCCAGAGCUCCCAGGCAUCUCUCUGGAAGCAUGUGAACUGAUUAAAAGCUGGGGAGAGGGAGGAAAGAGUCCAGCAGCAGAGAGAAAAACCUGACAACCAAGACAGGGCUGAUUCAGAAGAUACCAGAUGGUUCAGGCCACUAUUAAGCCCUCUUUCUUUCUCUCUCUCUCUCUCUCUCCCUCCCUCCCUGUGUAUGUUUUGCUCUUUUCCCUUCUUUAAUAUAGGAAUUUGUUCAAUUUAAUUUGAAGACCAUAAUAAUAUAAAACCCACCACCACCUCUGGAGAGUGGAAUUCUAGAGAAUUCAUACUAGAAAAAACCCUCAAGUCUCCAGAUAAAGCCCCAAAGAAUUAAAAGGAAAAACCCUCCUUGGAAUCCUUUGGAGAAUGCUGAGAAUGUGGACGGAUUCUGGAGGAUUUGCAUAGAUCCUGUAUACUGAGUGCUACUGUAUUUCUGUAAACGUUCAAUAAAGAUACCUCUGACAUCCGA